AUGGCUUUAGCGUCUACUGUGCCGUUGGGUCAACGUAGACCCCUGGCUGUCUACGCGAAUGCUUUCGACGUAACACAAAUCCCAGUCAAAGCUUAUGAACAAUAUGAUGUAAUGACACCUGAUGUGGAAAAUGUGCGAUGGAGGCAUCGAAUACUCGAAAGACUCCAAAACCACGAAGCACCCAAGGUCUUUCGUCUCUGUCUAUUUGACGGAAAGAGCAUUCUGUACUCUGCCGCGCCGCUGGAUCUCCCUGAUGGCACUUCUGGCAACUACACGCUUACGGUUCCUGGCAAAGGUCGAGUUACAGUCAAGGUAGCCCGCGUCGCAGGCGAGACCGUGACAUUUGACGACCUCAAAAACUUUCUCAACGGAAAAAUCAGUGAUCAGACACCGAAGGUCUCCGUCGCCCUCAAUCUCCUCCAAUUCAUCAUUCGCCAGGCCCCCAAUCUUAAGUAUCCGAACAACGGAAGAGCGUACUUUACCAGCGGCGGCUCAAAAGAUCUUCGCGGAGGUCUUCAGCUAUUUCGUGGAUUCUUUCAGAGUGUCAGACCAGCAAUAGGCAGAGUUCUCGUGAAUGUCGAUAUCAGCGCAGCCGCAAUGUACAAACCGGGGCCGUUAUUGGAUAUUGCUCUAGAAGUUUUGAACCUUCGAGGAAACGCGCGGGCGCUCUCCUACAAAAAGCAUAGCAAAGAGUGGAAUAUUCUCAGCCAGUUUUUCCGGAAUGUCCUUAUCGACAUAAAGCUGCCAAAAAAGACAGUGACAAAGAAAGUUGUUGGUCUCGUUGAAGCCGCUGGACGUUUUCCCUUUACUCAAGAGCAAGAAGACGGCUCAUCCCUUCCCACAACUGUGGCGGAAUACUACUACAAAACAUACAACAUACGCCUAGCCUUUCCGGACAUCAUUGGCAUUGAAUUGAGCCGAGGUUCUGGAAAAAACACUGUCAUCCCGGCUGAACUUUGCACUGUGGCUGCAGGCCAGCGAUACACCCGCAAACUACCGCAGAACAUGACGAGCAUGAUGGUUGAUUUCUCCAAAUUCAGGCCAGAGAAACGGCUGGAAAUGAUCGUCGGCCAGAAAGGCGACCGAGUCCAACCUCCCACGCUCGAGUACGCCACAUCACCUUAUAUUCAAGACGCGGGAAUGAAAAUAUCAGAGCAACCAAUCAUCCUACAAGGACAACUUCUCAGACCACCUACUAUUUUCUACGGCAAAAAACAACCGGCGGCAAGUAGCUUUCCUCUUGUGGACUACAGUUUAAGGCUCGACCAGAAUGUCAUCAAAGGGUUUAUGGACACACUUGAACAAUGUUGCAUUUCACGAGGUGUGAGAGCUAAGCCAUCCUACAAACGAGGUAGUGGUGUCGGCUCAGUAGAUCGGGAUAUCAAAGAGGCAUGCUCUCUGGCAUUGGUUUCAGCUGGAGCCCCUCCUGGUUAUGCCAAGCCCCCUGAGAUCGUGCUAGUUAUCCUGCCUCAAUCUGCCGCUGACAUCCGCCAAGAUGUCAAAAGAGCGGGGGAUGUCACCCUUGGCGUAGGUGUCUACACACGGGAAGACAAUAUUGCGAAGUUUACGGGCAGACAACUUGACCAAUAUUGUAAUAACAUCGCAAUCAAAAUUAACGCUCGAUUGACCGGAGUGAAUUCUAUCCCAUCAUCGCCUGCAUAUGACUGGUUCACAAAAGAAGAUUUCAUGUUUUUCGGAGCCGACGUUGGUCAUCCCGGCCCUGGCAUUCAGAACAAGCCCUCGGUUGCCAGCGUCGUCUUUUCGUAUGACCGGCAUGGUGUCAAGUACAGUGCAACAUCGAGGGUGCAGCAGCCGCGGCAGGAGAGAAUAGGCGAACUCGGUCCUAUGGUUUAUGAUGCCAUUACGCGAUAUGGCAAGGUCAACGGGAAAGCCCCGAAAAGACUCAUAUUCUUCAGAGAUGGUCUCUCUGAAGGUGAAUAUGCAGGUGUCGGCGAACUGGAAUUCCAAGACAUUAAGGAGGCCGUGAAAAGGGUUUGGGCUGAAGUCAAAUUAAAUGACUCUCCACCCUUAAUCACCUACCUCAUCGUGGGGAAGAGACAUCAUGUUCGCUUCUUCCCAAUGACCGCUCAAGAUGGAGACCGAAAGAGCGGCAAUGUGGAAGCUGGGUUUGUUGCCAGUGAAGGUAUUGCCAAUCCAAUAGCCAAGGACUUCUAUCUCCUGUCUCACGGUGGGAUACUCGGAACAAGCCGACCCGCCCACUACAUUGUACUGAAGGACGAGAAUUUCAAUUUUGAUAUCAGGCCCAUACAAGAGGUCGCAUAUACCCUCUGCCACGCGUAUAAGGUCUGCGCUCGCGCAGAGUAUCACUUUGAUGCGAGUUUGCGGUACAUGGACAGUGAUUGUGCAACUGUAACGAGUACUAGUUCUAGUGAGAAGGGGUCGUUCAACUUAAGCCAAUGGCGAUCGGGCUACGCACAAACCCAUUCAUCGAUGUUGGCCAGGAUGUUUUUCGCAUGA